CCUGAGUGGGUGGCAGGCGGAGUCAAAGACCUCGUACUCGACCAACACCAAGUUAAAAAGGGAAAUAAAAUAAUACUGUAUAUGGAGACAAUCUAAGACACUAUGAGGGACCGCCUGCAAAAUGAGAAUAUAUUUUCAAAACUCCCUGCCUCCCUCUCCGUCUUGAGGUAACAACUCUUCUACUCUUAUUCUCUCCUCUUCAAUCUCAAUUGUCCUAUCGGUAAUACCUAAUGCAUCAAUUCAAAGUAUACACCCGCUGGCGGCCUCUCUCCCCUGGCGAGUCAACAACACCAGAGAUUCAACGCACACACAACCCACAAGACACUGGCCAAGUAUCUAUUUCGCUUACCCCUUCUUCACGCUCUGCCACUGAGCGUCCGUGGAAAAGCGAAGCUGCAUUCACACAAGUAUUCGAAGCAACCGACAAUAACAAGUCGGUCUUUGAAGCCGCAGUCACCCCAACCCUUCCCUAUGUUCUUAGCGGACGAUCAUGCAAUUUCUUUGCUUACGGUCACUCCGGAAGUGGGAAGUCACAUACGAUUAUCGGAUACGAUUUUGAGAAUCCUGAUGAAUUUGGGUUAUGCCUAGCAGCUGCCAGACAUCUCAGCGAUACAUUGGCAGAAUAUAACCGGGACAUUGAUAACCCUGCUGAAGAACUAGCCAUUGGAAUUCGUAUGUUCGAGCUACGCAAAAAUAUAGCCUUUGAUCUGCUCAAUGGACGGUGCCAAUGUUAUGUCCGCGAAGGGCAUGACGGGAAAACACACAUCAGGGGUGAGACUGAACUCCUGGAGGAGGGCAAAGUCCGGGUCCGUCCGAUCGUUACGAAAGCAUGUUGGAGCUUCGAAGACCUGCGCCAGGAGCUGCUGGCGGGGCUCAAGCUGAGAGCGACGGGAACAUCCACGAUCCAUGACCAAAGCUCGCGCACACACGCUGUUUUGGAACUAGAGAUUGUGACCAGGGCACUCCUUGAGGCUCGCGAUGCGGUUGUUCAGCGGCAAUCGGAAUUAGUCCCGGUAGGAAAACGUGCGACUGAUAUCUACAUCGAAGAGAACACGAAGGGAUAUAUUCAAGGUGCAGAUGGCAAAUAUAUCCCCAACCCUGACUACCAAAUCGACCAGGCACGGAUUGACGCCGCCGAAGCCAAGAAGGCCGAGUUCGAAUCAUACGUGCAGCAGGCCGAGGACAAAGUCAGUGAUAUUUUAAACUCAUCCGGUCAUACAUGUCUCGGGGGCAAACUGGUUUUUGUCGAUCUGGCUGGUUCCGAGUAUUAUCAUGACAAGACGAUCUCUACCGUGCCGCGACCAAAGCAAACACCCCAGGAGCAACAAGAAGGCCGGCAGAUUAAUACGGACCUCCUGGCAUUGAAAGAGGUUAUCCGAGCACGAGCGUCGAAGCAGGCACGCAUUCCGUUCCGGUCGUCACCCCUGACCAUGGUACUGCGUGACCACUUCCUCGGCACGAAUACGACUGAUAGUUAUUCUGCUAUGAUCCUCACGGUGUCACCGUCAUCGGAGCAAUUCGCCGCCACUAUGAACACCCUGAAGUACGGGAGCCUUGUAGGUGUCGCCGGUGGAGAGAAGAAAAGGGUGACGCGGUAGAGGGUGAAACAACCAUGAGCGAGACAUUGCAUCCGGAGCACCGAGAAUACAUUGAA